GCGCUCACUUUCCACCGCAGUGUGUGAAGCACAGAGCCCUGGCGGUGGAUGUGACUUCAGCGAGGAGGGACAGUCCCCGUUGGUCCACAGCAUCUCGUCGCGGCUCCACACAGGCGCUCCUGUGGGCGUGGGGCUAAACACGUGGCACUGAGUGAGCGCGUCUGUGCGCUAAAAUUGGAGCGGAGGACCGGAGCGCUUGGUGACAGCGGCGCCCUCACCGCCCUGCACUUGGACGUCACCCCCCCUCUCUCUGCCCCGCUCGGACCUGGACGGCCGCACUUCCAGCCGACUAUUUUAAAUGCGUUUCUUGGAGGAAACUCAGCGUCACCGUCGCAUCCUUCCACUAGCUGCAAACCGCCGGGCUUUUUUGACUUUUCCGGGCACCGCGGAGCCCCCGCUGCGCCUUCUUUCUUCGUCGCUCGCUGCGCCUUCAUCUCAUCUGUCAUCCGCCACCCAUCAUCUUCUGCCUACGAGCCCUUCAUCGCUCAUGCGGCACCUGUGAUCUUCUGCCGCCCUUCACGUGCCGCUGAUCGUCCGUCCGUCCCGUCCGUCUCGUCCGUCCGCCGCCCGCGGCGCUCGCAGCAAACUAAACUACGGGCAGUGGAGAAGAAGAGCGCAGGGAACGGCGGCGCGGUAAAGCGAGGCGAACAUGAUGGGGAGAAAAGUGAGUUUGCUGCUCCACGGACUGGCCUUCCUCGUGGGCUGCUCCCACCUUACAGGUCAUGACCGCUACGCACUGGCCUCAAGCGACCCGGAAUCGGAGACGCCAAAGCCAAUGACUGAUAGAACGGAGCAAUUCAACACUUCUUUCAUCACCACCAUGGGAACCCCAUCUUCAGAGGCUCCCAGGAAGUAUAACGACAGCGCUUCCGGAAACCCUCCGACAGUCCCAAAAGAAACAGCGUUAACGUCGGAACAGCCCUUUCAGAAAAGGAAUGACAGCAUAUCUGUGACCCCCACAGAAAACGCACCACAACCCACAACUCUGAGCAACAGUACAACUGCUGGGCCAGCAGCAACUGACAUCUCAGAUUUCAACAGAACGUCUCCGCUGACAAAUGAAAGCACAGCUGGGGGGCUCACCCAGACCCCUGGGAAUCAGGUCAAUUUCAGCAGCACCACCCUCAACACCACUUCCUCUUCAUCCGCUUCAACCCAGCGGCCUGACAACGGCCUUUUCACCACCCGCAUGCCACAUGCCACUCUACAUCCUUCUACAGUGCCUGAGACCACCAUGACCCACAGCCUGCAGAUGUCCAGCUUGUCCACCCAAGCCAAAGUCAACGAGAACAGUCCUUCGCAGCUCAACGUGGGAGAGAAGGACCAAGACCUGCGCAGAUCAGGACCCCUGCUGGCUGGCCUCGUGUCCGUGUUCGUUUUAGCCGCCGCCGUCAUUUCCCUCCUCCUCUUCCUCAAGUUCCGGCAGCGGAGCAGCCGUCCAGAGUUCCGCAGAUUACAAGAUCUACCUAUGGACGAUAUGAUGGAGGACACGCCACUCUCCAUGUACAGCUACUGAAAAGAGGCUUAGGUGGUCAAGCUGACGCGCAUCCUCCGAGCUCCUGUUCUUGGCUAAAGCAUCGCUUUUGAUUUUGAUUCCAUGUCCGAAAGGUGGCGUCUCUGGUGGAUGUUGCCCGACUGGAAUUGUGAGCUGCAGUAGAAUUCAAAGCCUUCAUUUCACUCAGAUUACAGGUGUUGGAUGUUUAUUAAAGAGGAGAAGGGGGAAAUUGACUGUGCAUUGGGCCUCAUAUGGAUCCUUCAUCAGGGUCUUUGCUUAUGGCUGUCAUUAUGUGUUUUUAAACCCUCUUGGAGAGGUACUUGGAGUACAGAGACUGUCACAUUUAGCACCAAAGGAAUUGAUCUGUAAAGCAAACAAGUAAAAGUAGUUCGGUUUGGUUAUAUACAUUUUUUGCAUGUUUGAUGGACCUUCCACAUUGAUACAUUUCCUCAGUCUAUCGCCCUCAGCUUUGCACUCCUGGUUUUGUUACUGCAAGGACAUGGUUGUUAAUAUGUGUAAGUAGUUUUGCCAGUGUUCCUUUAUGCUGUUGCCUGCUUCUGGUGGCCUUAAAUGGGAAAUCAAAACGCGCACAAGACCGAUUGGCUGAGCAUCGGCAAAAUCCGCGAUGAAUUCAGAAUCAGCAUGUUGCCUUCUGUUCUGGCUUGUUUUGUAGUAGCACCUGUAACCAGUUAAUACUGGAGAAUGGAUUGUAUGUAUUGUGCUUGACUCAAGUGUCAUGACUUUUAAUUUGCGCAAGGUUGUGGUGAAUGUUCACGAAGGGUGUUUUUUUUUUCCACCUAAAUGUGUGGUAGAACUGUGUUUUAGGAAAGAACUUAGUCAAAACAAUCUCUGUACAGGUUUAGCUUAAACUGCUCUUGAUUCAUGGGAACCUCAAGAUUUAUUUUGUGAUAUUUCUGGCUUUCUCACAUGUGAAGUUUUAUUUCAACUUAAUUGAGCACAACUUUCAUGUAGGCUUUGCAGCAUUAGCAUCAGCAUAAGUGUAUAUACAGUGUAAGAAUUCUAAAUUACAUUCACCUUUACAAUAGGUGGAAAAUUAUAAAUUUUAAGGCAUGGUUUGUUGUUUCUGAGCCUCUCAGAGUAGUCAGUAAAGUGUCACCCGUUCAUUCCGGUGACAAAUGUAACAAUGUUAAUCAAAAUCAGUACUUGGACAAACUCAAGUGUUCCCACUUACUGAAGCAGCUGCAAAUAUACUAUAUUCAGCAAAAUUAACAUUCAUCAGUAAAGUUACGUCCAGGACACAGUAACUCUUCUAAACACUUUACGGCUAAAUUUUGAGUCAUUAAGCUCAUUAUAAUAAGUAUUCUGGUUAUUUGUUGGAUUAAUGCAAUCAUGGGCAAAAGUAAUGACUUGAAAAAGGAGCAAGCUGGAUACGCAGAUAUUGUAGCUGGACCUAUUCCUGGGGAACUCAUUGAACACACUCCCAAAACCUAGAUUAGAGAUCCAGAACUGCCACCCUCAAGUGCAGCCUUUUUAAACUCCAUAAUAUUUUAAAGUCAUUAUUUGCAUAGAAAUUCACUGAGUGCAUAGAAAUUCAUUGAGUCUCAAGGGUAAAUCUAUUAUUAAAUUGAAGAUGAAUCAAAACUGUUUACAUCAGGACUAGAGUUAGCCACCUCACAAUGGUCCAGAGCCAAUCCUGGGAAGCGUAUGGCACAGGGUGGGGUACAUCCGAAUGGGAUCUCAGGGCAUCACAGGGCAAGAACGAAGUCACACACAAGGCAAUUAAGGAUCACCAAUACAUCUGAAACACACAUUCUCCUGGCAUGACUUCUUCCCAGCAGAAGUCCAGGCAAAUACAAGAACAAGCAAACUCUACAUAAAGCUCAAUUUAAACCCAGGUCUGAAGCAACAGCUCAGCUGGGAAGCAUCCGUUCUAACCACUGCACCACCAUAUGUGUGGGAGUGACAUUUCCAAUCACACUGGCGUUCACUCCACUGUAUUACACUUGCACUGAGGGUGAGCAACAGGGCAGACCUUCUAUAUCAUCUUACUGAAAAGCCAUAUAUUUUAAGUAAGUACAAAGAAAAAUGUUUUCUUUCAGGGGUGAAAAUAAAUUCAGACCUACAAAAAAUUUUACAGUGAUAGGAAAAAACCUCUAUGCAUCAAGAGGGGACAUUUGAGAUUUACAUCCCUGUAAUGUAUUUUACCUGUGAAUCUGCCAAAAUAAUGUAUUUUAUCAAGAGUACUGUAAACAGUGGACAAUAAAUGUUUUUCUUUUUUUUUAAUAAAGAAAAAUAUUUAAA